UUUUUUUUUUAUUUUUUUUAUUUUUAAAUCCAUCCAUUCUACCCUAAUCAUCAUCUCUCAUUCUGUUUUAAUCUCAUUUGUCCUUUUAACUAUUCUCAGUUAAUCUACAAAGCAAACAAGCAAGAAAACAAGCAAGCAAACAGACAAUCGAGCAAACAAUUUUGUCAAGAGUAACAGUACCAGGUUAUUAACCAUGUCAAGGCUUCCAAAGACCCUGCAGUCCACGUUAGGGCGAUGCACAGCCACUGGAUUGCAGUCUACUUCAGAUAUCCUUCCAUGUGCAUGUGUUCAAUCCUCGUCAUUUUCUUCUUCUGCCUUGGUCACUUCAAGAAGCACUGUUACUGCUCGUCCAAACACUGGCAGUCUUUUUGACGUAAUAUCACGGAUAUCUGAUUCAACCGCAGUAGCCACCUCAACAACAAACGCUAACAGUCUAAACAUUAUGCUCGGGAGGUGUCGGAUGGUUAUCAGACAAAAACAUACAGUUGCAUUAACUAAACCUUCAGCGUUGACACAUACCACCGCAACUACGUGCAAACAAUACAGUCAGCUCGCAACAGCUAUACAUACGCAACCACCUCCUCCAUCUACUCUCUCCAGUGGCCUUCAACAGCAGCAUCAAUCACAUCCAAUUCAUAUCUCCGCCUCUGCGUUUCCCUCUACCCCCUCCGCAUCGACGGCGGCAACUUCCCCAGAAUCCUCUCCGCUUUUCCGGAUGAAUAACCCUGCCUCCAUUGUCCGACAGCCUGCAUCAGCACGUCAAUCAAAACGCCGAUAUAGCCCUCAGCACUUUUAUCAGAACCGUAUUCUGGACCCCUAUGUCAACCAGGCAGUCAGUCCAAUCACCCUCCGGCAACUUGUCUUUUUUGGCCGUAACAUGCAAGAGGAUAAGCUUCUCAAAUCCGCCAACUAUGUCCGAACAGAGCUACCUAUACGUCUUGCCCAUAGGAUUCGUGAUUUCCAAAAUCUACCCUUCAUUGUAGGAACUAAUCCACAUAUCGAACUAGUCUAUGAUCUCUAUUGGCAGGCCUUUGAAAAGUUGAGCAAGGUUCCUGAGAUCAAGACUUUGGAACAGAACGAUACCUUUUGUGAGUUGGUCAAGGGUCUCUUGAACGAUCACUUGGUAGUCAUUCCACAGUUGGCGUUGGGAAUCAUGGAGUCCUCAAAGCACAUUCCUCCAGAUCAGAUUGACAAGUUUAUGAACAAAAUGCUCAGGUCCAGGAUCUCAAGACGAGUGCUGGCAGAGCAACAUAUCUCCCUGACUGCUAACUUCAAUUCCCCCAACCACAUGAUGGCAGAUUGUGGAUACAUCGGCAUCAUCUAUACUCACUGCCGACCCCGAGAUAUUGUCGAAAGAACAGCCCUUUUGGCAGCGGAGACAUGUCGUCAGGCAUGCGGUGGAACUAUUGAGCCACCCAAGGUCUUAUUAGACGGCAAUAUCGAUGCGGAGUUUUCUUACAUCCCAGAUCAUAUUGAGUAUAUUCUAUAUGAACUUCUCAAGAAUUCGAUGCGUUUUGUCAUGCAGAAAGGGGCCCGAGAACACCGCACGGGCGAAUUACCUCCUAUCCAGAUUACAGUGUGUGAAGGAGCUCAGGACAUUGUCUUCAGGAUCUCAGACAAGGGUGGCGGAAUUGAUCCAGAAAUGGAGCGGCAUCUUUGGUCUUACUCACAAAGCCCUGCCCGAUUUGCUAAUUUCGAGAAGGUAUCAAAGAUGGCUGCCACAGUCCAGGAACAGAUGGUGUCGCCCUCCAGGAGUUAUAAUGAAUCAAAUAGAGUUGAAGAUGAAGUGGAGGAUGAUGGUGAAGGAAUAAAACUACCACCACCACCGACAGGUAGUAGCAAAUCUACGGAAUCGACGACAUUGCGUUUGGAUCGUCAUGCGCCUCCUCGUACCGGUACCAAAUCAGCUUCAUACUCAUCAUUCUCAAACGCGUCUUCGCAGCGCUGUCAAACUGUGAUUGAUUCCACUCAAGAACUUGUAGCUCCGUCGAAACCAGGUCACUUGAAUCGCGAAAGCCGUCAGUAUAAGGAUCAGUCUAUGCAUUUAGGUAUUGGACUUCCCAUGAGUCGUGUCUAUGCUGAGUACUGGGGUGGAGAUCUUAAGGUUUUUACGAUGCACGGUUACGGCACAGAUGCCUAUGCCAAAUUUUGUAAAUUUGGCAACAUUUAUGAGAACUUUGACGUGUAGCCUCCGUCCGUAAAAUGGACAAAAUUUGCCAUAAUAAAUAAAUAGGCUUUAAAUUCAGCAGUCAUGGGC